UUUUAUAAAUAUUCUCCCAAAUUUGGUUUUGGUCUCAAGUUCUUCCCAACCAACAAUAAGCACCAUUUUAGCUCAGAAUUCGUAACCAAGAUCGUAUUUCCCACCAUCCAAUCGAGAAGGCAACUUUCUGAAAUUCAAUUGUGCAUUGAGGGAGUUUCUUAAAAAUUACAAAAAAAAUUUAAAAACCGUUUAAAAUGGUAAAAACGAGACGACCGAAAAGAUCAAGGAGGGACGCCAUGUGUGGUGUACUAAAUAUCGAUGAAGAUCCCGAACUCCAAGCCCUGAUACUGAAUAUUGUUCGAAUUCUGGACGCAAUGCCCGAAGCAGGUUGAUGGGAAUCCUUGUUAAUCCUUGUUAGUUAUCUGAAUCGAGUGAAUUAAAUUUGGUUUGGUCAAACA